AUGAUUGCUGUGGCACAAUUCAUCACACCAAUUCAACAACCCUCUGUUCCACAAUGGCCAAAACCACAAACUCUAACAGAAAUCGUCUCCCAUGUCACAGCCCCAAUCACAGACGUAGAGGAGGCUCUUCUAAAUCAAAAGGGAAUGAAAGAAGCCCCCUUCAAAAGCCUAGAUAGAUCAGGAAAGGCUGUAUGCCGAAAGAAUAAUCUAGGAAUCUGCCCGUUCGGUCAAAAAUGCACACUUCGACAUCUUGUCGGUGAAAAAGCUGUGGUUUGCAAGCAUUGGUUGAGAGGAUUGUGUAAGAAGGGAGAUCAAUGCGAAUUUUUGCACGAAUAUGAUUUGACAAAAAUGCCAGAAUGCUUCUUCUUCUCAAAGUUUAGCGCGUGCAGUAAUCGCGAAUGCCCGUUUAGACACAUUGAUCCGGAGACCAAGAUUAAGGAUUGUCCGUGGUAUGAUCGAGGAUUUUGUAGGCAUGGUAAGGUUUUUUGCGGCGCGGAACGGUGAAAUUUACCUGCAUAAUAUUCGUAUAGUAAUGAACACCUUCAUCAAAAUGUUCUAGAAAAAUAUAUGUAUAUGGAUUUUCCCUAGUACAAUUUUUACGAAAAAAAAGUACAAUUUUUACGAAAAAAAUCUAGUACAUUUUUAGCCGAAAAAAAAGAUAAGAAACGAUCACAAUUUAUGCUAAAGCUCCUUCUGCGACUUUGCGAAAAUGAUGAAUCCUGUAAUGAAUGCAAGAUUCAUGAUUUUGGCAAGUCGCGGAGAUGCGGAAGCUAUACCCAAAUUCCCAUUUCCAGGCCCCUACUGUAAACAUCGCCAUCGUCGUCGUGUAAUGUGUCCGAACUUCCUCGCCGGUUUUUGCCCAUCCGGUCCAGAAUGUCAAUAUGCUCACCCGACUUUCCAUCUUCCAUCAUUCGAAAAUCCGAUAAUCAAUAAUCGAUCGAGUGUGGCGCAAACGAUAACUUGUCAUAAUUGUCAUGAAAAAGGACAUAAGGCGACACAUUGUCCAACUUUGCCAGGAUCUGGAAGAGGAGUGAGUUUUUCAAAGAUAUGCCCAAAUUUUUCACCCAACCAACCAAUAAAAAACCCCAUUUUUCAGCACGAAUUCGUCCAAAAAGUCGAUCUUUCUAUGUUUCCCGACAAGAAAAACCUGUCCGACGUCACAUGCUACAAAUGCGGUGAAAAAGGUCAUUAUGCGAAUCGAUGUCAUAAAGGAGCACUCGCUUUUCUCUCAAAUACUGCUCAUUUGGCUCACGAGCAACGGGAGAAGGAUGAAAAAGAGCAGGGCAGAUUUAUGAUGAUGCGACAUUGA